CAUUGAACUUUGCUUCUAUCAACCUCAAAUAUAUGUCCUACAGAACAGCWGGUGCACAGCAGCAGAUAUUACACGKGUUGCAGUCAUGGGAGCGAUGGAGGUUUUUCUCCMGUCAUUCAGYCCAGUUUCAGUUUUAGGGACUGUGKUUUUAAUCCUCAUUGGGUUUCACUUCAUUCUCUCUAAAUCCAGGCCUCAGGGCCACAGACAGGGACCACCAGGACCAAAACCCCUUCCCAUCGUUGGCAACCUGCUACAGCUGGAUGUCAAGAGACUUGACCAAGCAUUCCUAAAGCUUUCAAAGACAUAUGGAUCUGUGUUCACUGUCCACAUGGGACCAAAGAAGAUAGUGGUCCUGACAGGGUAUAAGACGGUGAAAGAAGCAUUUGUCAACUAUGCUGAGGAGUUUGGAGAACGAGUAGCACCGACCGUGGCUAAAGAAGCAAACCUGCAUCACGGUGUUGUAUGGGCCAAUGGAGACUCCUGGAAAGAAAUGCGCCGCUUUGCUUUGACCAACCUGAAGGACUUUGGGAUGGGAAAGAAAGUAUGUGAGGAGAAAAUCAUUGAGGAAUGUCACAUCCUCAUCCAGAAGUUAGAGGAGUUUAAAGGUGAAGCUUUUGAUUUGUCCCAACAUAUAAACUAUGCAGUUUGUAAUAUAAUCUGCUCCAUGGUCUACGGCAAAAGAUUUGAAUAUGAUGAUCCAGAGUUUAAUACCAUUGUAAAUCGAACAGCCCAAGCCAUGCAACUGUUGGGCACACCAGCAAUAAAGCUGUACAACAUGUUCCCAAAGAUUGGCAAACUGGUGUUUUCAGCCAGAAAGAAAAUGAGAGAUAUAUUCGCUGCCAAUAAACAUCAUCAUCUGAUGCUGCUGAACCGUUUGAAAGAGACCCUCAGUCCACAGAURUGCAGAGGAGUUGCAGACGCUUUCCUCAUCCGUCAACAGCAACACAAGGAAUCUGGGAUUACAGACAGUCACUACCACAAUGACAACCUGCUGGUGACGAUUAUGAACCUAUUUAGUGGUGGAACUGAAACAUCAUCAAGUACACUGAGAUGGGCAUUCCUGUAUAUGGCCAAAUAUCCAAAAAUACAAGACCAGGUCCAGCAGGAGCUGAGGAAUGUGAUUGGAAGUCGCCAGGUUCAGGUUGAGGACAGACAGAACCUGCCUUUUACAGACGCCGUCAUCCACGAGACACAGAGACUGGCCAACAUUCUUCCUUUGGCURUUUCUCACAGAACCAGCCAAGACAUCACGUUUCAUGGUUAUUUUAUUGAGAAGGGAACUCCAGUAACUGCUGUUUUAACGUCCGUCCUGCAAGAUGAGAGCCAAUGGGAGAAACCAAAUGUCUUUUAUCCCGGCAACUUCCUCAGCAAAGAUGGGAAGUUCCUCAAGCGAGACGCCUUCAUGCCUUUUUCAGCAGGUCGCAGGGUUUGUCUUGGAGAGAGUCUGGCCAGAAUGGAACUUUUCAUCUUCUUCACCACGCUCCUGCAGCACUUCAGAUUUUCUCCUCCACCUGGAGUUACAGAGGAAGAACUUGAUUUAACUCCACGAGUUGGUAAUAUUCUGAGCCCUCAACCUCACACGCUGUGUGUUACACCUUUAAAUUAAGGUGGGGCCUAUAUGUGGGAAAAAUGUUACUUUAUACCCAACAGGAGUCAAAGUAAAUGUCCUAAAAUAGAGAAAAUUUGUUUUUAAUGUGAAAUCUUUACUUCACAAAUAUCCAUUAUCAAUCACCAUCACCAUGUAUUCAGAUUUCUUGUAUCUUCAUCAAGUCAAAAUUAUUGUUUGUGGAGCUAAGCURCCUUUAAAUGACAUUUUGUGCUUUGAAAUGAAUGAUGGUUAUGUUGGACCUCCAGCAUUGUACGAAUCAAACUGCAGGAGUACAGGGCAUAACUGCUGAAUCAACAGUCCUCUGCAUUUAAAACAAGGUGAUUCCAUCAGUAGGAAGAGGAGGAGUUUCAGGAAAGAUAGUUUGUGAUGGAAAACUUAAAACUCUGGAGCCAAGACAAACACGCCCUCUUUGCAGCACUGCUGCAUCAGGACAGGAUCUCUCUUUCAUCUGUCGUUCGUUUGGGCCACAUCAGCGAUACAACCUGAAACCUCCUGCUGGCAGAGAMAAGGUCUGCUCCUUGCCCUUUGGAUUGAAAACCAUCCAUGGGACUGCAUUGUAUCUGCCCAGCCAAAGAAAUAAACCUGAUUUUAUUCAGAA